AUGGCAGACUCGGCCAACAGCCAACUUCGGUCAACCACUGGUGUGACAGAGCCAAAGUCUGCUUGUCACCAAGCCGAAUCUGCCGUAGCGGAGUUUCAGCAAAACGCUUCAGGCUUCCAGCGCGAGUCGCGGAUUCAAGAAGCCCUUAUUGGAGUUCAAGGAGGAAUGUAUAAGAGCUCUAGGGCCGCAGCAAAGGCUCACCAGGCUCACCAGGUUUCUUUCCAAACUCUACAUGAUCGUGCAACCGGGCACCACCAAUCAAUUCAAAGUGCUGCCAGGAAGCGCCGACUGUUAAGCCCGUCACAGGAAGCUGGAUUACUGAUUGGUGCCGCCUCAACUCAAGUUUUACCACUCUUCUCCAUGCUCGUGCUUUACAAAGGAUCAUCCUACCCCUCAUAA